AAUAAUCCCAUGCAAUAUGUGAAUUUUCCCCUGCAAUAAUCACAGCAGUAGUAGUGAUUAUGAACAAUGCAGCAUCCCAAGCAGUAUUGAAGUGACAGGUGAGUGUGUGACAGCCGCUGGUGAAGUGAGGCGGAGGGAGGAGGACUGAUGACUCGGAGCUGAAACACGGAGCGCACAUUGUACUUUGUGCUCGGUGGGAAAAGGAGGCGCGCAGCUCCUCUCCAUCACACUUCACUUUGCAAACACCGAUAGGGUAAAUAAAAAACAAAGAAGCCAGGAUGUAGAAUCCAUCAGAUAACAUCCCACAAAACCCCGCCAGCAGACCGUUUCUUCUGAGUCCUCGCGGUUCCGUUCCGGAGCGCUCGAUCCCGGCGCUUCGUUCGCGUUUUGGCGCUGCGCUCGGUUUGCAGGAGUCUGUCGAUCGACCGAGGAAGAGGAGGAGGUGAAGGAGGAGAGGUGCUGAUCGCUGCCUCCACUCGCUGCAUGGAUCCGAGCUUCUCUUCUUCUCCUCUCACUUGUAACUGAGGACUGAGAACUCUUCUGUUUCUGUUUGGAAGAGUUGGGAUUUUGUUCCCUCCUCCACUCCAUCUUUUUUCGAUGCCGGUUCAUUCUGAAGACCGUCCAGUCUGAGGUGAGGAAGACUUGGUUCCAAGACUCUGCUUCACAAUGGCAACAGGAGUAGCAGCAUGGCUUCCUUUUGCCAGGGCCGCAGCUAUUGGCUGGAUGCCCGUGGCCAACUGCCCCAUGCCUGUUGCACCAAGAGACAACAGCAAGAAACAAGACGAACUGAUCAUCCUCAACGUCAGCGGCCGUCGUUUUCAGACCUGGAGAACCACCCUGGACCGUUACCCAGACACCCUGCUGGGCAGCUCUGAGAAAGAUUUCUUUUACAAUGAGGAAACCAAGGAGUACUUCUUUGAUCGGGACCCUGACGCCUUCAGAAGCAUCCUCAACUUUUACCGGACGGGAAAGCUCCACUACCCCCGUCACGAGUGCAUCUCGGCCUACGACGAGGAGCUGACUUUCUUCGGCAUCAUCCCCGAGAUCAUCGGCGACUGCUGCUACGAAGAGUACAAGGACAGAAAGAGGGAGAACUUGGAGCGGCUGCAGGACGAUCAGGAGGAGAACAAGGACAUGAAGAUACCCAACAUGAACUUCAGAGAGACGAUGUGGCGAGCCUUCGAGAACCCCCACACCUCCACCAUGGCCCUGGUCUUCUACUACGUCACUGGUUUCUUCAUUGCCAUCUCGGUCAUCACUAAUGUGGUGGAGACGGUGCCCUGUGGUUCCACCGCCAACCAGAAAGACAUGCCAUGUGGCGAACGUUACACGGUGGCCUUCUUCUGCAUGGACACCGCCUGCGUCAUGAUAUUCACAGUGGAGUAUCUGAUGCGCUUGUUCGCCGCGCCCAGCCGCUACCGCUUCAUGCGCUCCGUGAUGAGCAUCAUCGACGUGGUGGCCAUCUUGCCGUACUACAUCGGCCUGGUGAUGACCAACAACGAGGACGUGAGCGGCGCCUUCGUGACGCUGCGGGUCUUCCGAGUGUUUCGGAUCUUCAAGUUCUCCCGCCACUCUCAGGGCCUGCGGAUCCUGGGUUAUACGCUCAAGAGUUGCGCCUCAGAGCUGGGCUUCCUCCUCUUCUCGCUCACCAUGGCCAUCAUCAUCUUCGCCACGGUCAUGUUUUACGCAGAGAAGGGCUCCAGCUCCAGCAAGUUCACCAGCAUCCCAGCUUCCUUCUGGUACACUAUCGUCACCAUGACGACGCUGGGUUAUGGAGACAUGGUGCCAAAGACGAUCGCUGGAAAGAUCUUCGGCUCCAUCUGCUCUUUGAGUGGCGUGCUGGUGAUUGCUCUGCCCGUCCCCGUCAUCGUCUCCAACUUCAGCCGCAUCUACCACCAGAACCAGAGAGCAGACAAACGCCGCGCUCAGAAGAAAGCCAGACUGGCCCGGAUAAGAAUAGCCAAGUCGGGCAGCGCCAACGCCUUCCUCCAGAGCAAGCACAACGGACUGCUGAACGAGCUGCUGGAGCUGACGGGUACAGAAGAGGAAGAACACAAGCUGACAAAGUCCAUCUCUCUGUUAGAGAGCCAACACCACCACCUACUGCACUGUCUGGAGAAAACCACUCAUUUGAGGACACAACAAUGGGAUUUAAGUGAUCUUGUGACUUUGACGCAGAUGACAGCUAAUAGCAGUAACAACCAGCAACUCAAGGCUCAUGAGUUUGUCGACGAGCAGCUGUUUGAGCAGAACUGUUUAGAAACAGCGCUGCAGACCUUUCCCUCACGCAGCCCCUCCGUGUCCGACCACGACAGCCCUGUAGGCGGCUGCUGUGGCCGGAGGGAAAGGAAAAACAAUCCUCUGCCCAACACCAGCCUGCUGACCGCCCAUCCCAUCCCGACACACCAGGGCCCGCUGCAGGAGCUCAGUGCCAUCCACAUACAGAGCGGCGACCCGCUGUCACACACUGCCAGCCGCUCAAAUCUCAACCUGAAAACCGGCGACAGCAGCAAGAUAAACUGCAAAGGCGGCCGUAUCACUACAGCAAUCAUCAGCCUCCCGACUCCCCCCGCUUUAACCCCGGAUGGCGACGGCCUCCACGGACCCCCACAGCGCAGGCCGCCCCCGCCUCCAGGUAACCCUCCACCCCCAGCAUCCAGACCACGACGAGCUCAGCUGGCAUCAACAUUGUCAAAGUCUCGGCUUUGUAACUCUCUGGCUGAUAGAAGUAACUCAGCAGGAGAAAGGAAAAGAAGGAGAAGAAGAGAAGAGGAGGAGGAGGAAGCAGGUAACACUCGAAUGACGGAUGCAUCGUGUCUCCUCUUACAGGGUCAACGAAGAGAGAGCUGAACUCCAGAGGAGUCACCAGGUACAGAGACGGAGGUAGAGGACUGUAGAUAUGUGAACUGAGAAUCACGCACUUGUCAUGUUGUGUAUGUACUGUAGAUACGGAGUGAAUUGCUGCAUUUCUAAUAGUUUCUAACAACAGUACACAUGUUUUACAGGAACAGUACUGUGGAAAAGAUUGAAAAGCAUCGUGCAAUUAGCAUAAACAUCAGCACACACCGUCGGCAUACCACGAAUUCACAGUGAAACUGUGAAAAGGAUGUUUGUAGACUUUAAAUAUUGAGGAAAGAUACAGAUGUGGACUGUGUUUGCUGGAAUUUGAUUGGUCUUGUUUGUGUUACGUGUUGUUUGUCUUAAGAAUUUUGAGGAACAAAAAAGAAUUAAAAGUGUUUUAGUUUUCUUUACAGCAUCAUUUGAAGGAGUCACAGUUCCCGAUGCUGCUAAUACCAUUGCUGAAAUGUGUGUUUCAUUUGUCAAAGACUGUAAAAAAGUGUUUUUCUUGUUUUUCUGUUGGUUAUUUGUACCAAUUCAUUGUGUUAAAGGCUCAAACCAAACUGUACUGUUUAGUUGCUUCUUACUGGGAACUGACUGCAUGGGUGGAGGCUGAUUGUCUUUACAAUGAGGUGAAACAAACGGUGGUUAAAAACUGAGCUGACCACAACAUUACUUUGAAGUGAAGGUUUGAUAUUUGGAUCAAAGGAUGAGGCAGGACUCGUUCUGUAUGCAUCUUUUUGUGCUUUUUACAUAUCACAUGAAAAUACCAAAACCAACCACUUCUCCUUUGUGACUUGUUUGUGUUAAUUUUUUUUUUUUGCUGUUUUUGCUCAAAUGCAACAAAAAUAAUAAUUUUAUUGGUUGGAACUACUUUGUGGCAGAUGGAUGCAUAUUUCAAAUAUUGAGUGUUUGCAGUAGCACAGCAGUGUACUGUAAGUAGGACUCGGUGUCAGAGCCCAUGUUAAUAGUGAUCAACAAACAUGUCACCCAGGGAAACGAUGUGGUUCACUGAUAGGUUUAGAAAAAGAACACUCGCCUAAUGUCUGUUCCUGAGUGAAGGAGAAGCAGAGGAGGUCGGCGAAAACAGCAGCAGAGACUCUCGCACUGAGCUGAAAUGAAACAAAUGCACAUAAAUGAUGUAAAUAACCUUAAAGAAAUACUUAGUUGGUGUUUGUUUGUUUGUUUUGUUUGGUGAAAGCACCAGACUGCACAUUUACUAUUAAAGUACUGUCUCCGUCUCGGACCAACAGUUUCAAACGGGCACACUCGACGAGACUGAGCACCACAACAGAGCAGAGGAGCUCCGGUUAUAAAUCACACAGAGGGAUCUUUUGAUAAUGAAGCCGUUACUUCACUCUAUCUUUACGUAGCAGAUUUGCUGCAACAUUAACCUUCUGAACCCCAAAACCUGCCACAAGGUUUGAAAAUCAUGUUGUCCUUGAGCCACAUUACAUUUGUCAGCAGCACAAACUUGGAAAAACAACGGAAUCCCAGCUUGAAAUUGUAAUAUUUCAUCAAACUUACUUUAUUUUACUUUUUUUCUUUAAUUGCUAAAAUAGAACUUUUCCUCCAACAAGAUUGAGUAUUUUUAAAAAACUCAUCACGACUCAACUAGAACAAGUUAAAAACAAGAAAAGCACUCAGAGAGAGCAGCACUCUGCCAAGGCUGCUCAUUCAUCGGAUCAUUUCCGACGGCUGAAAUCUUUUUAAAAAAUUGCGGCAGAAAUGGCGACAACAUAGAAUGUGGCCAUUAAAUAUAGAGUUACCCACAGACGUGUACGUUAUGUACGGAUACCAAAUCACGUGACCUAAAUAUGUAGCGGGUGGCAGGAAUUGACGGGACUCAGAAAGAUUCCCACAACUUAAUCAAUUGUUUCUUGUAUCAUUUCAGAUGGAUAAGUCCCGAUAAGUCGGCAAGUGGAUUUGUAGUAGGAUCGCAAUCAUGUGAUCGUUAGCAGGCAGCUGACAUAGUGUUCACUUGUUGUCAUGGUUACAGUGAGGCUGUGAUGUUAUCUUGCAGUGAUAAAGAAAUCUUUAACAAAUCCGUGGAUCCAGACUAUAAACCACAUCACUGCCAGAAUGUAAUCAUGUGGCCCUUGUGUCAUUUCUGACUUUGCCAGAAAGUUUUAUUGAAAUCUGUUAAUCCGUUUUUGAGUAAUGUUGCGCACAGACAGACAGACGAACAAAUGUACGCCGAUGCAUAAUAACUCCACAGUGUUCUAGAGUAAUAAAAUAAGUGUAGCCGCCCCUUUUGCUCCAACAGUGGUAACACCUUCGGCUACUUACACAUUCAUUCCAUUUUUUUUAAGUGAAUAAUCUAAGAAAUUCAACUUUCACCUUUUUUUUAAAUUCAUGACUUUAAACUCUUGUCAUACUGCACAAAGACAUUUUGGAGUUCUGUCUGUUCUCUCUGCUUGUACUCGUGUUUAUGCUGUUGCCAUAGAGGUGCAGGGCUUCAUAUUUCAGUGAAAAUUUUGCCUACGUUGAGUAGAAAUGCCUUUACAAACUGCUUGGGGUUCAGAUGUUUAAUGUGCAAAACCUCAAAAGAUGCCCCUUUAAGUGAAUAACAGUAUUUUACUAAUAAAAAAAUUUAAAAACGUGUGUGACAGAAAAUAGAAUAAAAACGUGGCUGUGUUUAUAUACAUUUUAUAGGUGCUUAAUAUUCUCUUGUGGAAUAUUAAAAGGCUACAACUGUUGUGCUGCCUUUACUCAUCUUGAAGGAUAUUCAAUAAAAACGAUUACCGUGCGCAUUUAUCGUGAAUAUUUUAGACAUGCCAAGAAGGUUGAGCACCACUGUGAACAAACGGCCACACGGAUCAUCACGGAAAUAGAGCAAAUUUAUGUUCAGUUGAGUUGUUUCACACUAAAACUUGACACUAAGUCAUUUGUAGAGCUUUUAAAUGGAAAGAAAAUGGUAAAAUAUGCAAAUGUACAAAUUGUUUUGGGGGCAUCUUGUCGUUCCGUCUUAUCUUAGAUCAUCUUCUCACAUUGUUUUUUCUACGAAAGGGGAAAACAAAGCAGUCAAGACAAUGCAACCCUCUGUGCCAUUGCUCCUUUGUUUGGAUGCUUUUUGAGUUAAAGAACAAAUCUACAGGCGCCCAGAUCUGUUCCCUUCGGUUUUUGUAUUUUGUGCCUCAAGUUAAACUUAAUGCCAAAAAAAUUGUUAUGAAUUUCUCAUACAAAACUGACUAAACACACAUUUAAAUGUAUUUUUAAAGAUUUAUAAAGAAAUUUAAAUGUAUACAAAAGAACAAAAGUUUCACAGAAGACUCAAUUCCCGCUUCGUCUUUGUCAAACAUUUGGACCGCCAAUGCAACUUUUCUUUGCAUCAAAUUUGCUUAAGCAGCGACAACAAGCAACAGCAAGAAGUUCUAAAUGUGCUUUGGAACAACCAUACGAGCUGAAAAUGCAAGAAAAUGCCAGAAAAUAAGCCUUUAUGCUGGGAUUGUUUGUCAAAGAAUUAGUCCAAAAAUCAAUAAUAAACUGAUCUGCUCACACAGUCUCACAGAUGCUCACAAGGUGGCAGCAAAGAUACGUUCUGGCCCUGAAACAAAACAGAAAAUGAGCCCUUAUAGUCAGUCUUUUUUAUGAGACUUCUAGAUCAACCUGCUGCACAUUGUUGCUCACUUGAACUUAGAUGGCUGUUGUUUGGAUAGUUUGUGACUAUUUGCCAUGUGUGCUAUAUUUAUCUAUCAAAUAAACACUGUCUUUAUUUGUCUUUUGGUUUCUUUGGUUUUGCUAAAGUGGAUGAUUUUACUUUGUGUGUUUUUUCCAAUCACAAAGUACCAAGUGAAGUUUUUUUUUUUUGCUGUAUUGGUAUAUCUUGUGUUGCAGUUCUGCAUUUUGUCUUGUUUUAAAACUCUACUGUGCCAAAACGGUCACUUUCCAUCCACCGUAAGAACAAAUAAAGUAGUGACACUCUUUAUGCUGCUUUACAAAACAUGACAAACCCUUUAGAUGUUUGUUUGUUUUUUUUUAGUCACACUGUUGGAGCUGAAAACAUCAGGGGUCGCCUCAGUCAUGGUGUUCUUCACUUGGGUCUUGGUUCCCACUGAAACAGUAUCUACACAUUAGGGCUUUUCAACUGUAUCUUUUUUUACGUUAGAGAAAGCACCCCUCUCACACCAGAGUGACUAUUAAUGCACAAUGAUACUGGUGUCAUUAUAUGAUGGACUUGACUUCAAAGGCAUUGUUGGGGUCACUUUUUUUAAAAGUCUUGGCAUCGCUGUUUGUGUUGUUUCUUAUCUUUUUCUCCUUUCAAACUGAGCUUUUCUGUCUGUUUGCUGUGUACACAGUAUUCUGUCAGUUUGUUUGUUAUAACAACUAUGGAGUGUCAGAUGACAAUUAAAAUCUGCCACAACAA